AUGGUCAGUAUCCUCCAAGCUGUCCCUUCCAAAUUGAAUUCGAAAACAAUCGCGAUACCUUUAAAAACUGGGCUCUCUGAAGAGCUCAAAAGUUUUCUUACCAAAAUAUCUUCCAAAUCCGGAAAACAAAUAAUUCCAAAAAGUAUCAAAGGUGAAUAUGAAGAAUACCUUAAACUCCAAAGGUUCUCUUCCUUCUUGAAAUUUUCUGUAAGACCUACCGGCUCACCAGAUGGACAUGCAGUCCUUCCCCCUUUCCUCCCUCAGGUAAUCCAGGACGUCCAUUUUGAAAGCUAUAAAAGAGAAUUCCAAGAAUAUUUAGAAGGCUUAAACUUCGCAUUCAAUGACAAUUCAACAUUCUCUCUUAAAUUUCAGUCUGAAUUAAAAAAGUUCCAUAUCAUAUCACUCAGAUUACCAACCGGUAAAGUUAGUCACGCUAACUACGUGAUUGAUGCUUUUCUCAAUGAAGGGGAUGAAAUUAUCUAUCAAGACGUUCCGUCAGAUGAAUCGAUAGACUCUAGAGUUAGCAUUCCUGGGUCUUUAUAUGCCUACGCAUACUCUGUCAUCACCUUACGGGCGCGGGCCCUGGAAAUUUCUUCAGCUGUUGAAUCUUCUAAGGAAACAGCAGCCCAUGAAUCGGUCGAAGAACCACCAUGA